CGCAGACAAACUCAAGCACUCCGCCUCUCUUCGUUCACACAAUCAGCUGCUCCGAGAGUCUUUUCUCAGCCACACGUGGACGCUUAUUUGCAUUCGGUCUCACUGCUUUUGCCAAGAAGAGCGGCGCCCAAAUUGUGCUCUCUGCUGUUCAGCCUUCAGACUGAUUGUUUGAGCUUUUGAGAAUGCAGUGUGCCGAAACGAGAGGCGUUUAAUUCAAUUCCGAGCUUCGGCACCGCCAACCCCCGGCUCCGUCAUGGGGGUGGCCGACUUUGACGACGUUUUGGAACACGUCGGCGGCUACGGCCCCUACCAGCGGAGGCUCAUUCUGCUCGCGCUGCCCUUCAACUUGGUGCUCACCUCCGUCUAUUUUGGCCACAGCUUUGUUGCCCUCACGCCAAGGCAUUGGUGCGCAUUGCCAGAGCUGGAUGCGGCCUUCAAUAUUUCCUCAAGUAACCCUGGCUACGUGGGUGAUCCUGGCGGGUACCCAUCAUGGGCCGUCCCCGUAGAUUAUUUAUCUGGAGGAAUCUCCAGACCUAGUCAAUGCCAGCAGUAUAAUGUCAAUUUUACAGAGGUACUUGUUACUGGUGCAAUCCCUAAUAAUUCUUGGCCGACUGUGGCGUGCCAACAAGGCUGGCGGUACGACUACAAUCAUGAUUACGCCACCAUUGUUUCAGAGCAAAACUGGGUGUGCGACGAAAGUUGGAGACCGAAUUUGGUUCAGUCGGUUUUCUUCAUCGGUUCCGCGCUCGGCUCGAUCGUCCUGGGCUGGCUAGGCGAUCACAAAGGUCGUCUCCCUGUUUUGGUUGUCAGCAACGUUGUGGCGUUUGCAGCCGGCGUGGCGACGGCGUUCACCAACUCAUUUGUCACCUUUCUCAUCGCUCGAAUUUGCCUGGGCCUCACUUACAACAACAGCUUCAUGAUGAUGUACAUCAUUAUGUUGGAAUAUGUAAGUCCAGCGAAAAGAUCUAUGGUGGCAAAUCUACCCAUCGCUAUAUUCUUGACCUUUGGUUUGGUCACCUUGCCUUGGUUGGCCUAUGCUCUGUGGGACUGGCGGUUGUUCAGCGUGAUCUCCUCCUUGCCGAUGUGCGUCGCCUUUUUAGCACCUUGGUUGAUUCCUGAGUCAGGCAGGUGGCUUUUAGCGCAGGGCAGAGUGGAGGAGGCUGAGAAAAUUUUGCGAUCGAUUGCGGGAGUGAACAAGAAGGAGAUAGACGAGAAAGUUUUCACAGAAUUCCGAGCAUAUGGAAAGCAGUUUGCCGAGGCUGAGAGGGAGCAGAGCCACAAUUUUAUUGAGCUUUUCCAGACGCCAGUUUUGCGACGCAGAGUCGUGCUUCUCACUUUGCUCUGGAUGUUGAUGACUGUUUGUUAUGAUGGACACGUCCGAAAUUUGGGCAACCUGGAGCAGUUCAGCCUUUAUGUUACUUUCUCUCUGACGGGUCUGCUGGAGCUCCCCGCCGACCUUUUGACAAUUGUCACCCUAGACUACUUAGGCCGCCGCUGGACCAAUUUUGGAGCCAUGGCUCUCGGAGCACUGUUUUCUCUUAUAGCCGCCAGUGUCCAAAGCACACCCAUAGCAGUGGUUGUGAUGGCAGGAUGCGGCAGGUUUUGCAUCACUAUGGCUAUGAAUACUGGACUGCAGUACUGUGUUGAACUGCUGCCGACCCAACUUCGAGGUCAAGGGGUCAACUUGGUGCACAUCGCGGGUCACAUAAGCACUUUUGGUGGUCCUUUGAUUGUGUACUUGGGCGAGUUCAGUGACGUGCUGCCUUUCCUUCUCCUUGGAUCCCUCGGUUUAUUUGGAGGAGCGAUCAGUUUAAUGCUUCCUGAAACUGCCAACGAAGCUUUACCAGAGACUGCUACCGAAUCUGAGAACUUUGGACUGGACCAACCCUGUUUCUUGUUUCCAUGCUGGGAGGAGCGGAAGCGGAAUAAAAAGAAUGAAGAAGAACUGGACAAAAUUGUGAAAGCAAGUUCGGAAAAUGGCACAUUAAAUAAGAGUUUCACCGGAGACGAGGAACCUGACAAUAACGAGGCCAAAUACAAUGAGAAAAAAUCAAGUAGUGGCGUCAUUAUUCAGACUGUGACUUCUCUCUAAGCUUUAACAUUCCAGGGGUUUUAAGCGUUAAUUCAUAAAGUGCUUUGAAGGGAUGUUUUACUGAAGAUUUAGAGCAGACUCUUAUUUGUUUAAAAGUUGUUUUCUCUUUCUUUACAAUAAAAAAUUGCGUCAUUAAUUUUUCAAAAGUAAUGCAAUCGAGCAGUAACUUAAAUGCCUGUUAACACAAAGAGCUCAAUAUUUGUUAAAAUUAGACAAACUUUAAUUUAAGUUUUUAGUAAAACAAAGAUGAUUGUUUUCUUAAAAAUAGAUAUUUUUUAAAUAUAUUUGCAUGUUAACGAUGUUGCCUUGAAUUUCAAAAUUUUUAAAAGAGGCCUGUGAUAAUUAAAAUAUUAAUACUAGAUUGUUAUUUAAACGUCAUCCUGCUGUAUUUCGUAUUUACUAAUACUAAGAGCUGUUUCAUCUCUGUACGUCACAUGUGCUGUGUUGAGGGCAAUCUCAAUAAACAUGUAAAUGAUACUA